GGCGAGGACCUCGAGCUCUUAUCCAUCCAUCGUCGACAUCUCCAUCGCCCCCACCACCACCACCACCCAAAAAAUCUGCAAUAAGUCUUUGCAAGUCAGGAAGCGAUGUCGACUACCACCACCACACUAACCGCGGACCUAAAGCCCAACAUCGGUGUCUUCACCGAUCCGGCACAUAAGCUGUGGAUCGAUGCGGCAGAGCCGAGCGUGGAGGAGAUCGUUGAGGGGAAGAAGUUGGAGCAUGGGGAGGUUGUUGUUGAGGUCAAGAAUACUGGGAUUUGUGGUUCCGACGUUCAUUUCUGGCAUGCGGGGUGUAUCGGACCUAUGAUCGUAACAGACAAACACAUCCUAGGCCACGAAUCCGCCGGCCAGGUCCUCGCCGUCCACCCCUCCGUCACGCACCUCAAACCCGGCGACAAAGUCGCCAUCGAACCCAACAUCCCCUGCCACACCUGCCUCCCCUGCUUAACGGGUGCCUACAACGGCUGCGAAUCCGUCCUCUUCCGCUCCACGCCCCCGGUGCCGGGCCUCCUCCGCCGCUACAUCACCCACCCCGCAAUCUGGUGCCACAAGCUGCCCGAAAGUAUGUCGUACGAGGACGGCUCGCUCCUCGAGCCUCUGUCUGUCGCGCUCGCUGCGGUGGAUCGUAGCGGGCUGAGGCUUGGGGAGGCGGCGGUGAUUUGUGGGGCGGGCCCGAUUGGACUUGUUACGCUCUUGUGCGCGAAGGCGGCGGGGGCUGAGCCGAUUCUGAUUACGGAUAUUGAUGAGGGGAGGUUAGCGUUCGCGAAAGAGCUCGUGGAUGGUUUGCCCGGUACCCUGCGAACAUACCAGGUCCCCCGGGGUGGCAAGACGGAGGAAGAAGUGGGCGCCGCGUUCGUUGCCGCACUGGGCGGACUCGAGCCUGACGUCGUCCUCGAAUGCACAGGCGUCGAGUCGUCCAUCGCCGCUGGGAUCCAUGCGGUGCGAUUCAGAGGACGUGUGUUUGUCGUGGGCGUGGGCAAGAACGAGAUGAAGUUUCCGUUUAUGCGGCUUUCGACUAGGGAGGUGGAUCUGAAGUUCCAGUAUCGGUAUGCGAAUACGUGGCCAAAGGCGAUUAGGCUGGUGGAUUCGGGGAUUUUGGGACGGGUGAGGAGGUUGGUGACGCAUAGGUUUACGAUUGAGGAGGCGGUGAAGGCGUUUGAGACGAGUGCGGAUGUGAGGAGUGGGGCGAUUAAGGUGCAGAUUACGAAUUGGUGAGGUGUCGGACGAAUGCGUCUUCUUCUGAGGUUUGACUACUUGGGAUUUAGAAAGUGUGAAGUGUUAGAUUUUGUAUGAAUGAUGUAUUAGACCGUGUCUGCAAUGCAAAAUAUCCUGUUUCUUGAC